GUAAAGGGAAAAUGAAAUGACAUUUGCUUAGUGUACUCAAUUCUUACAAAAUCAUUUUAUUGCAACGUACUGUUCGUGAAUAAAUUGUUCUAAAUAGCUUCUUAAACACUUUAAAAUGACUCGGUUAAGGUUUUGUUUGUUUGCCGCAGUUUUAUGCGGCCUGACGGUACUAGGUCAAGGCAAUGUACCUGAACCAAAGACGGUGACAAUCGCGUUGCCGUUGUCUUCGGAAUCUACUAAUCCGGAGCCAGAGAUUAAAAUGACUACUGUGAAACCUACGGAAGUUCCUACGGAAGCGACAGAAAUUACAGAUUCCACCACAGCUCCUACGACUCCACCAACUCCUACAACUUCACCAACUCCUAAACCGACACCUCCGCCUGCAACUAAGCCCACGCCGCCUACACCCCCGACACCCGCUCCUACCCCAGCACCAGGCCCUCUACCCCCGCCACAGCAAGGAAUGUGGUCAUACACUGAUAAGAAUAACAUGACUUGCAUCCUGGUCCAGUUUGCAGCUCAACUAAAUGUUACCUACACCAAGGUGGAAAAUGCAUCCACUUCUCUCGCCUACGUUCUCCUCAACGUUCCGCCCUCAGCGAUGGUCGUCGACGGUAGCUGCAACAGCACAGACCAAUGGGUGAACAUCAGCUGGCCGGUCAGCAACGCCACGGGCACGACAUUCAACAACAUGGUGCUCAUCUUCCACAACAACGAAACAACAAAGACAUACUCCCUCCAGAACCUGAACGUUUCUCUCGCGGCUGAAGUAUUCCCUGAUGCAUCGUCCAAGGAGCCCGUGGAGCUGUGGCACGGCGUGGAGUGGCGCACUCCGCUCGCGACGUCGUACCGCUGUGCGCCGCCCACGCAGCUCAACAUGACGGCCGACAUCACCAGCGUCGUCGCCACGCUCACGCUCUCCAAGCUGCAGGAGGAGGCCUUCAGGAAUUCCACCAACAAAGCCUUCAGCGCCGCGCGCGAGUGCGGCGGCGGCGACGUGCCGGACGCGGUGCCCAUCGCGGUGGGCUGCGCGCUGGGCGGGCUGGUGGUCGUGGUGCUCGUGGCCUACCUCGUGGGCCGGCGCCGCUCGGCCGCGCGCGGGUACCUCUCCAUGUAGACGCGCAGAUGAAUGUGGAGAAUCGACAUAACAUCCUGAUUGCUGUGGACUGACGUGGGUGGGUCCAGUGGGGGGGGGGGGGCAAUAGAGCUGAUCGCUUCGUGACUGCGACGACAAUCCCUUCCAUAUAAGCUGAUUAUGAUAAUGAUUAUUCAAUACCGUUUAGUGCGAAGUGAUCAGCUGCGGAAAUAUUUGUGAUUUGCACAUAAUUAUAUUGAAAUAAAUGUUUUUUAUUGCCAAA